CCCAGCCCCCGGCUUCACCUGUUCGCAUGCACAUUUCUUCCCCUUUUUUUCCCACUUGGGAUUGCCUUCCAUCGCCCCAUGAUAAUGACCAAAAACCUCAUGCCUAUAACAAUGCUGUCGUACGCAUGCUGCAGCUUGCUGAUCCUCUCCGCGUCUCUCGCAGGCGCUUCCCUGGCCGAGAUGGUGUUCCGCUGCCCGGGCUGCACCGCGGAGCGCCAGGCGCUGUGCCCAAAGCUCACCGAGGCUUGCGCGGAGAUAGUGCGCGAACCGGGCUGCGGGUGCUGCCCCGUGUGCGCCCGGCAAGAGGGCGAGAUGUGCGGCGUGUACACUCCGAGGUGCUCCACCGGUUUGCGAUGCUACCCGACGCCCGACUCGGAGCUUCCCCUGGAGCAACUGGUGCAGGGCCAGGGGCAGUGCCGGCGCAAAGUGGACACCGAAACGACCACUCAGAGCCAGGAGCAGCGGGAGCAAACCAGCGGUGAGGCCGUGGAGCCGCGGGCCGAGCAGGUUGUGUGCGAGUUCCCGCCCAUCCGGAAGAUCAGUAAAGACAGCACCUGGCUGGGACCCAAAGAGAGCGCCGUACGGCAGCACAGGCAGGAGAUGAAGACCAAGAUGAAGACCAACAAGGUGGAGGAGGCCAAACCUGCACGGCCCAAACAGACUCAGUGUCAGCAGGAGCUCGACCAGAUCCUGGAGAGGAUAUCCAAGAUGCCCUUCAGAGAUAACCGAGGUCCCCUGGAAGACCUGUACGCCCUGCACAUCCCCAACUGUGACAAGAGGGGGCAGUAUAACCUCAAACAGUGCAAGAUGUCUCUCCAUGGUCAGAGGGGCGAGUGCUGGUGCGUCAACCCUCACACCGGUCGACCUAUCCCAUCGGCCCCCACUGUGAGGGGUGACCCCAACUGCAGCCAGUACCUCAGGGAGCUGGAGCCGGAGCUCCCUGACACGGCUCAGAUUUAGCGUGGCGUGACACAAACAAAACAAAACAAAAAAAAAAACUGUAAAGUACUUGGGAACAAAGAACAUCUGAGUAAGCUAUAUAUUAUCUUUCUGUGUGUAUGUGUCUCUAGUUUACUUGAUGACGGUGACAUUUGAAAUCGUAACCACCAAACAGGAUUAAACGAUAGAGUCCAGCUUGCUGCGUAGGAUGUAACGGCAGAUUAAUCUAAACUAAAAAGAUAAGACUCCCCCUCUUUUCCUCCCCUCGUAGAUAUUCAGUAGACGUCAGCUGCAGUGUCGGUGACUUUUGCUUUUACUAAUUGUGACUUAAAGCUCAGAGUUGCUCUGUCUGUCAGUGUUUUGUACUGUAUGCGUUGAAAUAUGAAAAAAAAGCCUUCAACAUUAUUUGGUGUUUUACAGGCGUGUCGUUGUGUCGUAGCUUGUUGCAGACUCACUAACAGAUAACGCCAUUAAAAUGAUGAUAAAUCCA